AUGUUGUUGAUAAUCAAUUUCAUUUGGAAUAAUUUAAUUAUUAAAAUACAAAUUAUUUUAUUGAUCGUUUUUGUAAAUCUAUUAUUAUUUACUUCAAAUAGAAUUGAAAUUUCACCUGAAAUGUUUAAUUUAUUUGAAUCAAAUUUAUUUAAAAAGAAUUUGCCUUAUUAUACUACUGGAUCAUAUUUAAAAAAUAUUCAAAAACAAAGAGUGGAAUUAAUACCAAUAAAAUCAUCUCCUGAACAUGUUAUCCUACUUGAUACAGACAUCACAGAUUGGAGUAACUGGACAAGAAAUACUGGGAAAUAUGAAGGAUGGCGUCAACAAACGCACCCAAUUUUACAAAGAAAAAUUUAUGGUGUGUGUCAGAUAGCUCAGGAACACAAUGAUAAUUGGUUGUACAGUCCAUUAGUUUAUGUCAACGAAGCAAAAAGUAUUACUAUCGAAAUUACUUUUACCAUUAGAGAAUGUAGUGAACAUCCGAAUUCAGAAGUGUUACAGCAUUGCCAAGAGGUAUUGGAACUUUUUUUACAUCAGGUCGAUGUAACGACAUCAAAUGAUAAGAAUGUCAACCAAACACAAAAUUUAUUCAUUAAAUUGGCUACAUUAACCACAUCACAAAAGCCAAAACAUGAUUUAUUCACAGAAGAAUUUCUUAUUGGAUGGAAUAUUUCUAAUCAAAAUAAAAAUAAUUUACCUGAUUCAUCUUCAGAACAAGUUACUGUACAUAUCAGUAGAUUUAAUGUACAAAAUGAUAACAUUCAAAUAGCUGUAAGAGAUCGUGGAUCAUAUGGUCGUUGUAUCAGUGGUGCAGCAUUACUCAAUCAUAGAGAAAUACCUAAGUUAAUUUGUCAAACAGAUGGAAUAUGGUAUUAUGAAGCAAUAAAAUCUUUUCAUUCUGGUGGGGGAAAAGAUUUUGAUAGUUUAUCUAAAAACAACUUUUUAAAUCAUUUAGACAGACCAUGUGAAUGCAUGCCUGGUUUUGGUGUACUGAAUGAAGAUAAUUUAAUGGAUCAAUUAUGUGAGCCUUGUGGAUUAGAUUACUUCAAACCAACAUUUGGACCAUUUGCAUGUCAACGUUGUCCAUUAAACUCUCAUAAUCCUUUUCACACAUUAACAAGUCGUAGUAUACAACGUUUCAAUAUGUUAACCUAUAGAUCUAAAGCUUCAAUAUAUAAUGAAUCAAGUCUUAAUGAAGUAGAUAGUUGUGUAUGUGAUGCCGGUUACUAUCGUCAUCCAGUAUUAGAUAGACCAGAUUCAUCUUGUACAAAAAUUCCAUCGGCACCAAGAAACGUAACUGUCAACCUAAGCGACCCAGCAAGGGUACAGCUGUUCUGGAAUGAACCAUUAGAUACCGGAGGUCGAGCUCAUGUCUGGUAUAUAAUAAACUGUUUAGAGAUACCGAACCAGUCAUGUUCACCCCAUCUUACGGUUGUACCAACAGUUCCGACUCUGAUGACAAGCCUCGUUCUAAUUGGGUUGAAUUUGGGUAAAUCAAUUAUAUUGAGUGUAAUAGCUACAAAUGAAUUAAGUGAGCAUCUCCCACAUUUAGAGCUUAUUCAGUCAACUGCUAGCAUAACAAUCCAACUACCAAAUCCAAUUAAUAUAUCUGUUGGGAGUACCCAUUUUAAUGAAGUAAGACACUGGCAAGGCAACAAGUCAACAACACAUCAAUUAACAAUUGAUUCUAAUACAUACAAUAAAGCCGAAAAGAAUUCCUUGGACAAAGUAUAUGAGUUUUCAUGGGAACCACCUCAAUUUGUAACAAGCAAAUCAUUCAUUCAAGUAUCAACGUCAGAUUACAAGUCCCAGUUAUCUAAUUCACAGAUACAUUCGUUGGAUGCAGAUUUCAGUGUUAUUGAGUAUCAAGUAUAUGUUUGGAUUAAUUCCUCUUUGAUGGAAUUCGAAGAUUCGUAUUGGCAAAGUAAACCAGCGCUUACUCACUUUUUGUCAGAAACAUCCAUAUUUUUAACAGAUUUACCACAACCUGGAAUAUUAGGAAUAUGGGUGAGACCUCAUCUUUCAGCUGGCUGGGGAAUAUUUAAGAAGUCGGUUUAUCGAUAUUCAAAUAUUGAUCAAAAUGAUCCCAAAGUGGAAGAAAAAUCUACUACUUACAAUCCAUUACUUAUGGAUACUACCUCAAAAGAUUUAAGAUCAAUGAAUGUUUCUGAAAUAAUAAAACCAACACAAUCAUCUAAGCGCUUUCAAAUACUUAUGGGUAUAUUAAGUUUAGCAGUAAUAUUGUUAUGUUGUCUUUUGGGUACUCUUAUCUUUCUACGUUUUUGUACGAAACGAUCUAGAUCUACAGGAGAAAAUACGCAAAUGGAAACUGUUCUCGUUUCAAAUUCAGUGAAUGGUAUGACAGAGAAGCCUACACCGUGUGAUUUGGAACUUGAAGUUCCAGAUACUCCAGUGGCAAGUGACCAUUCAAGUCCAAUAAAAUCAACCAUGUGUGAUUCUUCUCAACCACCCAUUUCAGUUCGAGAAACAAACAAAGAAAUCGAUCCACGUCGGAUAAUGAUCAGAAGUACAAUAGGGGAAGGUGAGUUUGGUAAAGUAUGUGCUGGUGAUUUUAUAACUACUGAUGAAGAUAAAGUUCAACUUGUUGCAAUAAAAAUGUUACAUCCAGAUGUCAGUGAAAAAACUCAUCAUCCAAAUAUUAUUCAAUUAAUUGGAUUAGUCAUUAAAUCUGAACCUAAAAUGAUAGUUAUUGAAUUUAUGGAAAAUGGAUCACUGGAUAAUUAUUUACGUCGCAACGGAAAUACACUAUCCAUGGAACAAUUAUUGUAUAUGUUGAGAGAUGUUGCAUGUGGUAUGAAUUAUCUUUCUCAUCUUAACUUUGUUCAUAGAGAUUUGGCAGCCCGUAAUAUACUUGUUGAUAAGUUUAACAUUUGUAAAGUGUCUGACUUUGGUUUGACGCGAAAAUGUAAUUCAGAUUCUGAUGAAGAUGCAUAUACGUUCACUGGAGGUAAAGUUCCCAUACGUUGGACGGCUCCCGAAGCUAUAAUGUACAGGAAAAUCACAUUUGCCAGUGAUAUAUGGUCAUUUGGUAUCGUCGCUUGGGAGUUAUUUAGUUUAGGUGAAAGACCUUAUUGGAACUGGACAAAUCAGGCUGUAAUUGCAAUGCUAGAGAAAGGUUACCGUUUGCCAUCACCAAAUAUAUGUCCUUCUGAUAUAUAUCAAAUAAUGACUUCAUGUUGGCAUAGUAAUCCAGACCAAAGACCAGAUUUUAGUUCAAUUUGUGUAGAAAUUAAUCACUUUAUCGAUUCAUAUCUUCAAACAAAUAAAAGAAUUGAACAGCUGAACAUUAAUCAAUUAAAAAAUGAUAAUGGUUCUUUAGCAUUUUCACUUAAUGAUGAUCUCGCAUACUGUUUAUUACCUAAAUCAUAUGAUAUUAGUUUAACUACGAAAAGUAACAAUAAUACUUCUGGGAAUAAUAACAUAUCACAGAUUUCAAGAACUUCAUCAUAUAAAAUGUACACAUCAUUUUCUUCAUCAAAUACAUAUUUCAAUAUAAAUACAGCAAAUAUACUCACAGAGAGUUCGUUUCCUAACAGUAAUACAGAAUUUAAGAAUGAAUUAUUAAUAAAUGAUUUUAAGGACUCAGUUCAAAAUAACUUUAUAGCUACACAUGAUACCGGUAACCGUGGAAAUAUAAGUUGCAGUCAGGAUAAGUAUCUUCACUAUUCAAGCAGUUUAAAUAGAAAUGAAUGUAAUUCUGAUUUACUAAAUGAAACAUAUACUCCGUUAUCAAAACAAAAGUGCAAUGGUUAUGCGUAG